GAAAAGAAUAACGCUGGAGCACGAAACGACCAACAGGGGGGAGCACCGGAGCGACAGAGCGCUUUAAAAAAGACGAAGAAGAAGAAGCGACCUUCGACCCAAAGUCCCGAAUUGAUCGUGGGCCUCGAACGAGGAGCGAACUCGACCGUGUUUUGCUUUGCUGCGGAUCGCCGCCGCUUUUGUCGCUCGGUCUUCUCCAUUUUGGGAUUUCCCGUCUUGUUGAAUCAAGCGCGAAGUGGUGCGCGACUGCAAGAUCGAAGCUACUCCCGCGAGCUGCUAGCUGCGAACAAAGAGCGACGGAGAUUAGCAGCGGAUGCUAAGUGGCGCACACGAGCCGUGAGCGAGGGCCGCAAAAGUCAUCGUUGUUAUUAUUAUUAUUAUUAUUGUUAUCAUCGCCGCCAUCAUCAUGUGCAAAGUGAAGAUGCUGAGAGCUCUGGUCAACCAGCGGCUGAAUGCGGCCGUGGAGGAAAUCUUCGUGGUGCUGGAGAGAACCAUCACCGAGUACGAGGACGAACUUUCUCGAACGAAGGACGAGAACCAGCGACAGCGGCAACUGCUCGACGCGCUCAUCGACGCGAGCACAGCAGCGGACAUCAGUCGAGGCGACGCCACCGAGGAGGAGCCGCAGGAGGAGGCGGAGGAGGGCAGCUCCGGCGGGGAGGACGCCGACGAGCCCGAUCCGAGCUACGACGAAGACGAGCACGGGUGGAGUCCGCUGCGGCCGGCGGUGAAGGAGGAGGAGGAGGACGAUGGGCAGGACGAGGACGAGGACGAAGAAGAGGAGCCCGGCCCCGCGAGCGCCAAGCCUCCCGCGGUCCACGUGGCGGCGGCGGCGGCGGCGGCGCCGGUGAAGAGCCAAGCUACGCAGUCUCAGUUUCUGCAGCCGAAGGAGGAGACCGGCCCUUCGGCGGCCAAGUCCGACAACCACAACCAAAACGAGAACCUGGUGCCCAUAGGCCACCGUCACGUGGGAUACACGGCCGACCACGUGCGAUACGACGCCAAACACUUCAAAUGUUCCCUGUGCGACUCGGCCUUUUUCAAGAUGUCCGAUCUGCAGCGACACAUGAUGAUCCACUCGGGGGAAAAACCCUUCAGUUGCACCGUCUGCCCCAAGCGCUUCAUCCGCAAGGCGCAUCUGGUUUACCACAUGAGGACGCACACGGGCGAAAAACCCUUCACGUGCUCCUUCUGCGGCAAACACUUCUCCCUGAAAGGCAAUUUGAUGCGACACACCAGGAAGCACACGGGCGAAAAACCCUUCAAGUGCACCGAGUGCGACGCCGGCUUCACCGUGCGGCCCGCUUUGAUCCAACACAUGCGAACGCACACGGGCGAAAAACCUUUCAAGUGCACCUUCUGCGGCGAAGGCUUCGCCCAGAGGGGGCAUCUGAUCGGCCACACCAGAAUCCACACCGGGGAGAAGCCCUUCUCGUGCAACGUCUGCGGCAAGAAGUUCUCCAUCAGGGGGACGCUCAACGUGCACGCGCGAACCCACACGGGCGAAAAGCCCUUCAGCUGCGACGCGUGCGAAGGCAAAUUCUCUCACAAGCAUCAGCUGAGCAAACACGCGUGCGCCGGCGAGGGCAGCAGCGCUCAAAUGGAUUUCCAGGAGCCGAGGGCGCCCAUCUCUGACGUCACUACAGUGUCGACCUAUCGGGUCACGCGAAAGAAAAAAUGCGGAAGUUGGUGCGCGGGCUUUUGCGGAUUGGCGGACGAACACGUCCGGCAGCUCCAGACGGAGCUCCCCCGCGUCAAAGAGGAGCAGGACGAUGUGGACAUAAGUCGGCAAGAUGCCGAGAAGGAGGCCCGAACCGGCGGGUUCCCGGUCAUCCGAGUCAUCGUGAAGGCUGAAGACGAAGAAGAUGAAGGAACAGAAACCGACGCCCGAGGCCAGGCGGCGAGUCAGGCCGACGGCGCCUCGGAAUGUUCGCAGUGCGACCAGACCCGCGGCGAAACCUCCGACUCCGUAGCGCGCACGAGGAGUCACGCGGAAGAGGAAAUCUUCAUCUGCCCGUUUUGCGGCAAAAGCUUCAACCGGCAGGAACACUUGAUCGGCCACACCGUGAUCCACACGGGAGAGAAACCCUUCGUCUGCUCCAUCUGCGGCGGGAGCUUCUCACUCAAAGGGACGCUGAUGAUCCACAUGAGGACGCACAGCGGCGAGAGACCUUUUCCCUGCUCCGUUUGCGGCGAAAGAUUCUCCCAGAAAGUCAACUUGACAACCCACAUGAGGACGCACACUGGGGAGAAACCUUUCUCCUGCUCGGUAUGUGGCGAGAAAUUCUCCCAGAAAGGAAACUUGAUGAAGCACAUGAGGACGCACACCGGGGAGAAACCCUUUCCCUGCUCGGUUUGCGGUGAAAAGUUCUCCCAGAAAGGAAAUCUGGUGAUCCACAUGAGGACGCACACGGGGGAGAAACCUUUCCCCUGCUCUGUGUGCGGCAAAAAGUUUGCUCUGAAAGGCAGCUUGCGCAAACACACCAGAACGCACACCGGCGAGAAACCUUUCGCGUGUUCCGUCUGCGGCGAGAGUUUUGCGCAGAAAGGCAAUCUGAACAUUCACGCCAGGAAACACACGGGAGAAAAAGCCUUCAGCUGCAGCGCGUGUGAGGGAAGGUUUGCGAGUAGAAGUCAGCUCAGCAAACACACGUGCGCCGAGUGUGCGGAAAACAAUCCGUUGUCGUCGGGGGCGGGCGAAGAAGAGGCCCGCGCCGUCCUUCACGUCAGCUGCCAACCGCCGGAACGGGCUCGCGGGAAUGACGCCCACGCCGGACCUCCGAACAGCGACGCGUCCAAACGGAGCGCACGACCGAAUUCAGAUUUGAUUGCACGAUGCAGAAACGCGUCAGAAGCAAAUGCACCGGCGAUGGCGGAGUGCGACGCAGCGAGAAAACCCGUAAGGUGGUCAGCCGGCGGUCCCUCCUUCCUGGGUCGGAGCGACGAGGUGCAGCCGGAUCGCAAGCCGACUCCCUUGGCCGCCGUCUGCUUUGGAUGUGUUUUGACGCUCGCCUUCUUGGAUCCCGCAGAUGUCCGUCGAGAAGAUCUCGGGCGGUGGCGCUCCGGCGCGGUCGAAGAGACUCGCGUCAAACAGGAAGUGGAGGAGGUGGACCUCAGUCGAGAGGCAGGAGAGCUUCUCCGAGGUCCGCAGGAGGAGGAGGAGGAGGAGGACUCUGACGUCGGCCACUUCCCGCUGAUUCGAGUCGUCGUGAAGGGCGAAGACGACGACGACGAGGAAGCUCGGCCGUCUCAGCUUCGUCGCCGUCGGAGCGAGUCGGGAGCGGACAGCGACAACCGCACAGAGGACGACGAAGGCCCCAAAGGGGCUCGCGGCGGCGGCGGCGGCGGCAAGCGCUUCAAAUGUUCCGAGUGCGCAAAAGGUUUCGGCACCAAGAGAAAUCUAAAAACGCACAUGAGGACCCACACGGGAGAAAAACCCUUCAUCUGCUCCAUCUGCGGUGGCGGCUUCUCCCUGAAGUGCACUCUCGUGAUCCACAUGAGAACGCACACGGGCGAGAAACCCUUUCCGUGCGCCGUUUGCGGCGAGCGGUUCUCUCAGAAGGUCAACUUGACGAAACACGUGAGGAAGCACACCGGAGAGAAACCCUUUCCCUGCUCCACGUGCGGCGAGCGAUUCUCCCAGAAGGGCAACUUGAUGAUCCACAUGAGGUGGCACACGGGGGAGAAACCCUUCCGCUGUCCGGUUUGCGGCGAGCGCUUCUCCCAAAAGGGGAAUCUGAUGAUCCACACGAGGACGCACACGGGGGAAAAGCCCUUUCCCUGCUCCGUGUGCGGUCAGACCUUCUCGCGCAAAGACAUCUUGGCCAAGCACACCAGGACGCACACGGGCGAGAAACCUUUCGCUUGCUCGGUCUGCGGCGAAAAGUUCACGCAAAGCGGCAACUUGAAGACGCACAGCAGGACGCACACGGGAGAGAAACCGUACAGCUGUCGCCUGUGCCACCUCAACUUUGCGUACAAGUAUCAACUCAAGAAACACGAGUGCGCUCCGGGUGCGGGCGCCGGCGGACACUGAGGACACUGAGCUUCCUUCGCUCGUCGUCGUCCCGCCCGGAGGAAAUCGCGUGGCCUUUUGUAGUCGCAGCACGUGAACGUCAGGACGGUGAUCCCGCGUGGACGUCCUCUGGAAUACUUGCAACUUUUCUGAUUCCGUAACGUGGUGGUAUUUUAGUCGGGAACGGAUCUCGUUUCCGUGCUCGCGUCCGAUUUGCCCUUGUGACUGUUUUUGCGGCUGCUCGGGCAGACGUGCCGCGUUCACAUAAUCUGAUUUCCAGCUGCCGCGUGUCUCCAAACGCGUUUACCGCACCAUGCGCGUCGCGCUCUCAUCAUUGAUGGACAAAUAUUUUCACAUCAGAACAUUACCAAAGGCUCCCGCUCUGCUGCUGUCCGUGCUUUUCUAAUCUUCUCCUC